CGCAGCAGUGCCCCUCCCAGAUGCCACGGUCCCGUGCGCCCAGAUUUUUGGGGUUUCGAUUUUUUUUCUUGGCGGGCUUUUUCUAUUUUCUUUAUUUUUCCCCAGGUUUGCCGGCGCUUACCAGUCUCAUUUACUCCUCACGAAUACAGACCCGUAUCAAACCGUUCCUCUUUUUCACUUCCUUCCCCAGCACGCGGCCCUUCUUCUUCUGUUCUUCCAAUCCCUUCGUAUCCGCCCUGGUUCUUAUGCCGGAUUCCUAUCAUUUCGACGGAGGGUGGUGCGGUGCCGCCGGUUCCGUCGCAUCCAUCAUCUCUUUUCACCGAUGGAUGACAAUACAGAUUCAGAAGGUGUCCGAUCAAGUAAUGAAGAUAAAAGAUCGAAGCAAACCUCCAGAUAAUUUAGCUCUAACUUCUCACUUUCCAAGAAGACAAGAUUUGUCGAGAGGUUGUCUAAGAAGCAGAAGGAAAUUGUUAUAUCUUGUGUUUUUGGGUCCAUUCUCUUUCUGAGUUACACAUCUGUUCCAACCAGUCUAGUUAUAUGGCUGGCAAAUCGUUAUGAUCAAAGAACCAAGUCUGUAAAGCUCCCUGGUGGCAAAGCUUUUUCUAUUGAUCCCAACACAGUGCAUCAAAUUCUUUGGCAUUCCUUUCACUGGCAAGAAAGUCCCAACAAUAUCUUCGAGCUCUGCAAAGGCUAUCAUACUCAAGGACACAAGUCAGUCAAAACAGGCAGCUAAAAACGAUGAUCUCAUUGCUAUGGUCAAUGCUGAUUGUGUUGGCGACAAGUUCGCUAGGAUUUUUCUUCUCAUUGCUCUGGGGAUCUUUCUAUGCCCAUCUAGUAAUUGUCAUGCAAGCCACCAUUACUAUGAGGCUCUUUCUGUUGUAAAAGAUAUCAGAUCUUUUGACUGGUGCAGUGCAGUUUCUGAGUUCCUCCAUCUUGGAAUUGUCAGUUUUCAUUCCAAUCUAUGCAAGGGUAAUAGCAGCGGAAAGGAGACACUUGCUGGAUGUGUUUUCAUUUUAGUGCUCAAAUCUGCUGACUCACCCAGGAAACCUUUACCUGGAGGCAAAGAUGCUAAUAGUGAUGGGCAACCUGGUGAGCCGGUUUUCAUUUUGAAAACUCCAGAUCCGAAACAUACAUCUUCAGAAUCUGCUCAGGGAGAUCCCAUAAAUUUUGAGUCUGCUAGGAAAGUAAUGCCCCUGUCUCUCCGUGUUUUCUGUGGUGAAGUUACUCAUCCAGAAGUAGAAUCAUUCAUAAAGUCAUCCCUUGGAAUCAUAGAGAUAACAGGUUUGAUGUAUUGAGUUCGACUAAAGUAACAAAUGAGAUGAGGGGAGUUACUACAACUGUUAGGCAAAAUUUUGAGCUGGUAUUUGAAGCAUUCUAUGGCCCUGAGGCUGGUUUGAAAAUCAAGGAUUUUACCACAGCUUACCAAGAUUCUCCGCAACAGGACACCAACUGUGAUUGUGGCAUUUUCGUUAUGAAUUUUAUGAGUUCCUGGGACGGGAGAAGAGUCGCCCAUAUUGAUAAUAAACAAAUCUACAACUACAGGGUUAAAGCAGCAAUGUACAUCCUUUGCCACAAAGGAAACACCAAGAUUCUCCCUCCCGUGAAGAAACUCAUAGACAGUGAAAAAGGGUGCAAAGCGUACAAGAAAAGAAUUGCGAAGGUUGAACCAUGUUGCAGCUUGCAACAACAAAAAGCCCCCUCCCCAAGUGCUCGGCUGGGAGCGACAGAGUACAUGAUUUGGAUGAAGAUUUUUCCUCCAAUUUGUCGUCAGAUUAAGAAUGUGCUGCACCAACAUGAUAUAAUUUUGGAAAACAGCACACAAGGGAGAAGCCAUUGGUAAAAAGGCAAGAACAAGCUCAAGCAAAAUUCAAGGAAAACCAAAGAUUUUUAUUUUUUAUUUCUUUUUUUGUUUGGUAAAAAAAUAUCGCACUGUAUUGUGAGUUAAGAAAAAGUUAACCACUAUCGUUGUAAAGUUUUUCUAUAGUUUUUAUUUUGUGACAGUAAUAUUUUUUCCUCUUCACGUAAUUGCUCGCUUCACAUUUUUAUUAUCUA